AUGUCUGACGAGAACUUUGGAAGUUAUCAAAGCGAGAUCUACGGCAAGGGUGCCCUGAUGGGUAUCCUGCCGAGUGUCACGACAGAUCCUCGAUUGUUGGAGGAACAGGCGCGCAAGGCGCUUGGAGAGCGUUCGUUCAAUUACGUCGCUGGCGGUGCGGGUGAGAAGGCGACGAUGGAUAGCAAUCGAUUAGCAUUUCGACAGUGGAAGUUAAUCCCGCGGAUGCUGCGCAGCAUGGACGGUCAGGAUGUUUCAGUCGAACUGUUUGGACAAAAAUACGACAGCCCACUCAUCAUGGCGCCCGUUGGCGUGCAGGGCAUCUUCCACGAGGACAAAGAAACGGGUCUGGCACAGGUCUGCGAGGAGGUUGGCGUGCCUUAUAUCAUGAGUACGGCCGCCACGAGCACCAUUGAGGAAGUGGCUACAGCAAGCGGCGAUGGCAAGCGGUGGUAUCAGCUAUACUGGCCGCAGGAUAACGACAUCACCCUCUCACUCCUGAAACGGGCCAAAGCGAGUGGGUUCUCAGUGCUGGUCGUCACGUUAGACACCUGGUCUUUGGCGUGGCGCCCGGCGGAUCUGGAUAAUGCCUACGUGCCCUUCCUUAAGGGAGUUGGAUGCCAGGUCGGUUUUAGCGAUCCGGUCUUCCGGGAGAAAUUCGAGAAAGAAGCCGGAUGCACGAUCGAAGAAGAUAUUGUGGGUGCAUCUCGCGCCUGGCUUGGCCAGGUUGCGGCCAGCGGACCGCAUACUUGGGAAGAGUUAGCAUUUUUAUGGAAACACUGGGACGGACCGAUUGUCUUGAAGGGCAUCCAGCAUGUAGAGGAUGCGAAGAUGGCACUGAAAUAUGGGUGCAACGGAGUUGUGGUCUCUAAUCAUGGAGGUCGUCAACUCGACGGAGCCAUCGGAUCCCUGGACGUCCUUCCAGAGAUUGUCGAUGCGGUCGGUGACCAAAUGACGGUGCUCUUCGACUCCGGAGUCCGAACUGGCGUGGAUAUCAUCAAGGCACUUGCACUCGGCGCCAAGGCCGUACUGGUCGGCCGACCCGUGAUCUAUGGCUUGGGGAUCGACGGUCGCAAUGGCGCAAAGCAGGUGUUCAAGGGCCUGCUGGCAGAUCUUUGGCAGAGCAUGGGCCUAGCAGGGAUCCGCACGGUGGCCGAGUGCGACCGGACGGUGAUUCGCAGGGUGCAGCAUGCAGGCGAUGUCAAGGCGAUGAUGUAG